GUGUGUUGCAACAAUCCCAUGUGCAGCUGGGGGUAGUUCAGUUUUCAGUAGAAGUUGCUCAUAGUUCCCUCAGGUCCAAUGUGUAGGAAUAUCUAGAGAACAUUCCUCAUCAUGUUUAACAAUGAGGAGGACGUUACAGCAUAUGAAGAUGAGCUGUACCGUGAAGACUCUUCUAGCGAUGAGAGUGUUGACAGUGAAGUGGAAUUCUACCUCUAUAGCCAGGUGCAUUAUUGCCAGAAUCUUAACCAACCUAACUCCAAAGUUUCAGAGACAACUGGCGGAACGUCAGAGCAAACACAAAAUGUGACCUCUGGCUUCACAAAAGAGAAGACCGGUGUGAUAACUAUUUCUGACAGUGAUGACAUCAGGGCCUCAGACUCCUCUGCAGUUAUCAUCCUGUCUGACAGUUUGGAUGAAGACAGUGUAAAUUUCUCCAAAACCAAAGGGAAAUAUUUUGGAACAGUUCGCCAACCCACAAAUCAGUCCACUCCCAAAACCUUUACAACUCGAGCAAAAGUGUCAAGAGAGCGAAGGUCAAAAUCUCUGAGCUCCGGCAAGAGCUACAAAGAUGGAUUUGUCCAGGAAGUUGUGGUGAUAAGGGGAAGCUCAGAUGAGGGAGAGGCUAAUUAUGAAGACUUCUUAACAUCAGACAGUGAACAAAGUGGAGUUGAAAACUGGAUGUUGUUGGGAAAGGCAAAAGAAGAUGGAGACGCGAGUAUUCAGUUGAACCUAGAAGGCUACAGACGUUUAAGCGAGGACUCGGGGGAGAGGGGUGACAAUGAAAUGGACUGGUCAAUUAGUAAGAAGGAUUUGGAGGCUCAAGUUGGUAGAUUUUCUGGAAGAAGGUCCAAUCGUUACUAUACAGACGACAAACAUGUUAUAUGCAGGAACUGUAACAAUCGUGGACAUCUUUCUAAGAAUUGUCCUGUUCCAAAGAAACUACCAGCGUGUUGUCUCUGUGGACGGAGAGGACACCUCCAAUAUUCCUGUUUAACUCCUUACUGUUCAAACUGCUUCCUGCCCGGUCAUUGUUACCAGGACUGUACAGAGAGACCCUAUUGGCAAAAAAAAUGUCAUCGUUGUGCAAUGAUUGGCCACUAUGCUGAUGCUUGCCCAGAAAUAUGGAGGCAGUACCACCUAACUAUGAAAUCAGGCCCAAUCAAGACAUCCACGUCUGCUGCCAGCCAAAAGAGUAUUGUUUACUGCUAUAACUGUGGCAGGAGAGGCCAUUGUGGCUACGAAUGCAAAGAAAGGCGUAUGUACAGUUCAGUCCAUCCAAGCUGUGAACUUAUUUUUACCUACGAUGGCGAUUAUGACAUCCAAAAAAGAAAGCAGAGAGCAAAACGCAAGUGUGAAGAGCUUCAAGAAACUGGACUCCUGCCAUCACAGAUUAUUGAACCCAAGAGAGUUGAGAGUGAGAGAAUGCGGCUUUCGAAAAAAAAUAAAAAAAAGAGGAGAAAGGAAUCCAAAUGUGAAAAGAACAAAGUGAACUGGCAUUUGAAAGCUAUGGAUAAAAGUAGAAAGAUAAAAAACAAACUUGUCAAGCAAGAAGCAGACGAUUUUCCUAGAGGGAAGCCUGAGGAGAACCCCAGUAAGGCUGCAAAAAAACAGAAGAAGAAAAAAUCGCAACAUUUGUUAUUCAAAUAUGGGAAGGACACAAACGAUUUUGGUGGGCAGCCAAUUAAACGCAAGAACAGAAAGGGCAAGAAAGGAAACGGCAUCAUUGCUGACUUACUUACAAUUAAACAAAAGAAAAAGAAAUCAAAAAAAGAUAACUAGAUGCAGAAUCUUAGAAACGUUGUCAUUGUACUGCAAAUAAAUUCUAAUUUAUAAUACGGAAUUUGGAUGCCAAAAGAUGGCAAUGUAAAGGUACAGUGACUCCCUCCAUUCCUUAGUCAGUUAUUAAUGGUUGUUUUUCAAGUGAGCAAAUUAUUUUCAUAC